AUGGCGACUACUGGAAUGCCUGUCAAAGACCUCCCUGCAACAUUCCGUGAUGCAAUAACUGUCACAAAUCAUCUUGGUCUGGAGUAUAUCUGGAUAGACGCCCUUUGCAUUAUCCAGCUUGAUGCAGAAGACUGGAGUUUGCACUCGGUGACGAUGGCGAAAGUUUACUCAUGCUCAGCAAUAACACUUGCUGCAGCAGCAUCAUCGGACGCACAUGGGGGACUCUUUCGCGAACGCAACCCUGCAAGCAUCAAUGGUGCGAAGGUCAAUCUCAAAUGGCCAUCACACGAGCUUGAAGGGGAAUUUUAUCUGGUACCAACAGACCCCUGGGAGAAAGCAGUUGCAAACUCACCACUGUUGAAGCGGGCAUGGGUAUUCCAAGAACGCCUUCUAUCACGAGGAACCGUUUACUUUGCUCACGAUAUGCUUUAUUGGGAAUGUGGCGAGCUCUACGCUUCGGAGCUUUAUCCUGAGGCAGGACCUUGGGAUCUGCAGUACCGAUACAAGAGAUUUGAUGUUGCUGAUAGGCUUCCCUCUGGUGUGCAGUCAGUAGAGGAUUACAGGUUCAAGCAUGUAUACACAGAACUUCUCACGCGAGAACUCAACGCAGAGAAGACAGUUACGGAUGAAGAGAUGUUUCUCUACGUAUGGGCUUCAGUGGUAGCUCAGUACAGCGUCGGCAAACUGUCGAAAGAGACUGAUAAGCUCAUUGCUAUUGAUGGUGUAGCUGAGCAGUUGACGAGUAUUGUACCGAGAGAGCAGUAUCUCAAGGGACUCUGGAAACAGGAAAGUCUUCCACUCUCUCUACUAUGGCGCACCGAAACGGAAGAGGAACCGCCGAGUACCCGCGUCGCGCCGAGUUGGUCUUGGGCAUCUGUUUAUACGCCGGUUGACUUCAACUUCUUGUUCCGAGCGCAGACUGAACCCAAGGUCGUCACGAAAGUCAUCGAUAUCAUCGCCCCCGACAAUGAGCCAGAGAGUCUCGAGAUAUCACGCCCUCCGGCACUUGUUCUUCAGGGCCCUCUCACCGAAGUGCGCUUUAGAUCUGCUUCACGCAGUGCACUAGGACCCUUGCAUUCAAACUGGUGGAAAAGCCACAACACGAUAAGAAAUCGCAUCAAGUUCUUGAAACCACUUGACCUGACGCCUAGACUUGUAUUCAUGGGGAAAGGCUUGAAGGCCGAUUAUCCAUGUGCUAUCUGGUUAGAUAGGGAGGUGCCAAAGAAUAGUCGAAUAUUCGCGCUCAAGAUUGCGGAAGCUGAUAUUAGACAUCCUUGGCAGAAGAGGUUACCAUCUGAGUGCGGCUUAUUAUUAAUCACUGAUCAAGAAAGAGGGACUUUUAGGAGAAUUGGCAUGUUUGAGAUUGCUGUUGAGAAAAUGAAGAGGGAUUGGGCGGACCAGAAGACAUCGUUCACGGCGGUAUCGAAGUUGAGAGACGGAAUAUGGAGUGAUUCAGGCAUAGACAAGAGGUUUUAUUUGGGGAAGGAUGAGAAAGACGGAUAUACUAUCAAGAUAGUCUAA